AUGCUGGCGCGGGCGCUGCUGAAAAGGGCUCACGGGACGCUGAAGACGGCACAUCGGUCGACAUGGGUGUUACAACGAGUCAAUCUGCCUGAAGCCACGCCAAUUGGAGCUGUACAACGAGACCCGGCCGAGCUGUCGAUCACGCAAAGAUUGGAGGUGGUCGAACAGGAGCCAACGACCCCGACGGGCAAUCUGCAGCUGAUUCUGCUGGAAGAUGUGGAGGGCGUUGGGCAUCAAUUCGACUUCGUCUCCGUGGAGACGAACCUUGCCCGCACGGAGCUGCUCCCCACUCGAAAGGCCGUCUACGCGUCCCCAUUUGACCUCAAGUACUAUGGGGAUAUGAAGGAGAAAAUGAAAGACGAACUGGCGGCCCGCGUGCGAAUCCCGUACGACUAUCUCGUCGUUGGGCGCAAAUUGAAGAAGAUGGUCAUUCCCAUAAAGGUGAGCAUGGAGAAUCAGUGGGCGCUGAACAAGACGAUCGUCAAGACAUCAUUGCGGCAAACGGGCGUAGCACUGGUUGACGACGCAAUAUACGUGCCCGAUCAGCCGUCAAUUUCCGGGCCGAACCCCGAGCUCGAGGCCAAGCUUUUCCGGUUUUACGUUGUGGUUGGAAAGCAGUACAUCGUGCCGAUGGUUGGCCGGAUAGCCCAUGUAUCCACAGAUGAGACCAAAAAGUCCUCUCAACAACUCGCAACCAUGGUGCAAGAAAGUACGAUGAUUUGCGUCGACAAUUCGGAGUUUAUGCGAAACGGGGACUACGUGCCCACUCGACUCCAGGCCCAACAGGAUGCCGUCAAUUACGUAAUCAACUGCAAGCUGCGCGCCAACCCCGAGAAUGCUGUCGGCCUGUUGGCCAUGUCUGGUGAUGUGACGGUGCUGUCGACAAUGUCUCAAGAAGGCCCUCGUCUCUACAUGAAACUCCACGAAUUGGCUCCCAAGGGAGAUUGCAAGUUCAUCUCGGCCAUCAAGGUGGCUCAUUUGGCGUUGAAGCAUCGACAGAACAGGAACCAUCGUAUGCGCAUCGUGCUCUUCUACGCCAGCCCGGCCACUCACCUUGAGGGCCAAGAGCUGCUGAAAGUUGCCAAGAAAUUGAAGAAGGAGAAGGUGUCGGCUGAUGUCGUCUGCUUUGGAGAGGUUGACGAGAAGAAUGCCGCCGUCUUCGAGGAGUUUGUCGAGACGAUCAAUGGAAAAGAUGGUGGCAACUCGCAUCUUCUCGUGAUCCCGGGCGGCAACUCUCUGACGGAGGCCCUUGCCAACAGCGCCGUCUGCCGUGGAGAGGAUGGGGCCGCUUUGCCGCCUGGCGGUGCUGGAUUCGAGUUCGGCGACCCGGAAGACGAUCCGGACCUCGCAUUGGCUCUCCGUGUUUCGCUGGAGGAGCAGCGUGCCCGUCAGGCUCAAGACACGGCCGCUACCGGCAAUAAUGAUUCUCCACCAACUGAACACGCUCCGCCGGUGCCGGACGUGAUGGAGAUGGACCUCGGGACGAUGAGUGAGGAUCAACAACUCGAAUGGGCUCUGAGGAUGAGCAUGCAAGAGGGAGGACAAGCCGACGUUGCUCAAGAUCACACGAUGGAUACCACCGCUCCGCAGGGCUCGAACGAUGGCGACGAUCUGAUGAACAACCCGGAGCUGCUGCAACAACUCGUCAACGAUCUGCCCAGCGACGCGAGCAAGCCGGACAACAACAAGAAGGAGAAGAAGGCCGAAGACGGACCCUCCAAA